ACAGCAUUGAGGCAUAUUUCAAAAUUACGAGCCUGAACUGACAGCUGCGUAAUGGACACUUCGAAAAUGGCAGCCUACGUUGAUUACGGUAGCGACUCAGGCAUGUAUCCGGCAGUUCGAAAUUUGAAUUACGGGUCCGAAGUUGCCGUUAACUCAGCCCCGUCUCACUACCAACACACAGCGUACGGUGUGGGUAAUACCGACGCGAUUGACGCACGGAUGCUGUCAGGGGUGAAUUCACGUGCCUCUUUGAACACCUAUCAGCACUCCCAUGACCCGAGCAUCGCCGGACCCCCUUCUAUGUACAGCAGCGCGCCUGUGACCCCACAAAUGAACACUGCCGCGAAUGCGUAUUCCUACCCGGACUCUGUGUACUACAAUCAAAACCAUUACCACAAUACGUCGCCGCUGACCCGGGGAACCUACCUAGAGCCGCAAUGUGGGAAUACCACGAUAUCGCCGUAUAACAAUAACGGUCACUACACGUCUCAUCACGACCACCAUCAUCACCAACAUCACCCACAACAACAGCACAGCCAGCCAUCUCACCAUCACCUCGAAGUCAGCCCAAACCACAGCGUCGCAGACGGCAGUCCCGAACCGAGUCAACAUAACGGUAACAGUGACAAGGAAUCGUCAGAUCCAAAGUCGGGCGGCGAAACGCCGGCGAUGUACAAUUGGAUGAAAAUUAAGAGAAAUCCACCCAAAACUGGUAAAAGCGGUGAGUACGGGUUCACGGGAUCGCCAGCGAACGGGAGGACAAAUUUCACAAAUAAACAAUUAACGGAACUGGAGAAAGAGUUCCAUUUUAACAAGUACCUAACACGAGCGCGGAGGGUGGAAAUCGCCGCUAUGCUGGGUCUUAACGAGACACAGGUGAAAAUUUGGUUCCAGAAUCGCAGAAUGAAACAAAAGAAACGUUUUAAAGAUGGUCCUAGUUAUAGUCAUUCUAUAAACGACGCAUUAGGUGGUAAAAAUGCUGAUACGGUUGGAGUGACGGUCAGUACAUCGUAGAACGUAUUGCCAGUUUCAAAGUGACACCGUGUGCCUGGGACCAUUCACUUUGUCUGGGUAAAAAGUUAUAUGAACAAAAAGAACUUUUUUUAUUUAUUUAUUUGUUAUGCAUUACUUUCCAGUGAUAUUUUGUUUGUAUAUAUCAGAACGUUAUUUUGGUAUGAUGAUUGGGGAGUUGCUGCGUAACGGUAAAUUCAAAACUAGCUGAAAAAACUACUCUAUAUGUCUACGCUUUCUCGGUAUGGCAGUACAAGUACUAAAGGUUUCGUGGCAAGAUCUAUUCCGAAUUUACUGGUACGACGAUGUUAUUGAAAUCUGUCAAAAAUUGACCCACCAUCGUAAUCGCACUGACUAUUGAGAUGUUACAACCCACGACAAACCUACGCAAAAGGAAAGUGUGUUUAAACUCGUCAUCAACACGGCUUCUUGUUAGGACACCUUGCCAAAACUCGAUGCUUGACUAUAUACGUAACACCAUGGAUUCGUAUGGUGGAAUUUUACAUUCGAUCAAACAGGGUAACUAGCAAGGUAUUGUGUGAGCUCGGUACUAUCCGAUCACCCAGCCACCACCGUUCUUGGUACGAUUCAGAAAUUGUAAGUUCGUUUCUCAUCAAAUAAUCGACCUACCUCCGUAAAUUAAUUCGACAAUGGUACCUCGAAUCGUGGCGGGUUUAUCGGUUAGCUGCAGUAGUUCACAGAACAAUCUUGUUUUUAACAGAGUUAACAUUUUUUUUUUUUACCUGUGCUUCAACUUCACUUAUCCCUUCCAGUCUCUUGCUGUUUCGGUACAUAUUCUUCGGAUGCAAUGAAUGUUGUAACGGAGAGUCAAAACAUAACAAGGUCAUACAUACUCCUAAUUCUUAUUUUGCCGUCAUUUUGCAGUUUUCAUUAUAAAAACAAUGACAUUUCAAUCUAUGAUGUGCCAGUUGUAAGUGCAACUCAGACAACAAAUCAAAAAAUUGUGGCGUUUUCGCCGAGCAGCCCACCUAUACCGUGAAGCUCGUUCUUUUGACAUCGUAUUUAGGUGUAUUGUGCGGGAUAUAGGGGAGGAUCAGGCCGGUGACAUUCGUUAGACCUCAGUUAUAACGUGGUACACAGUGGUAGAGAGCCCCCCGGGGUUUGUCAGUCAGCCAGUGUCAACUGCUUUGUCCGUGAUGGAUGUCCACUCGGCCCGCGUGCAUUCAAACAUACAUGGAGAAAUACAGGGUUCUUUACAGCUUAAUAUUGUCAGUUUGGUUUGUGUUUGAUGGCCAAACUUAGUUUAAAACGAUGAACUCCUAUUUAUUUUACAUAAACGGUACAAUGUCGAGGAAACCCACACAGGACUGUGUUGCAAUAUAUAUAUAUAUAUGAAUUUGUACCCUUCUUCGGCUGUGUGUUGACUGUGUACCAACUGGAUUCGCCAAUUACUUGGGAGUCUGUGUGUUCCUACUACAUAUAUAUUUCUUUAAAAAACUGUAAUCAAAACGUUGUAUAUGUGUUUCGUCUUAUGUUAUGAAAAUGUGAAGUGUGUUCCGUGGCAUUUGUCAACAAAUUUGAAUUAGGCUGUUUUGUUGCCGAUGUCAUAACCACGAAAUAAAAUCGAAAAAAAA